AUUGGAUUUCAUUUCCAUAUUUUAGCUGUCAAGUGGAAGUGUAAUCUAUAAAUAUUCUAAAUUUAUUAAAUAUACUGUGAUUUAUAGAAAAUUCUACAACUUAAUACAUUUAGGUACAUAGAAUGAAUGUUCUACGAAGAACGGUGUUGCUCGGGCUGCUAGUGCUUGCUGGUUUUCUGGUGUUCACUGCGGCACAGGGUAAACAAAAGACCGGACUCUCCCUAUCAGAGAAGGUGCGUAAUUUACACGAUAUGAAUAUGAAGAAAGCGUUGCUGCGCUUCAAUGGACAAAAGUUCCGAGAGUACGUAAAGAAUGCACCCAGAAAUUACUCUGUUGUUGUGAUGUUGACAGCUUUGGCUCCAUCUCGACAAUGUCAAAUAUGUCGCCACGCUCAUGACGAAUUUACAAUUGUAGCAAAUUCUUAUCGCUACUCACCGACUUACUCGAAUAAAUUAUUCUUUGCAAUGGUCGAUUUUGACGAGGGUUCCGAUGUAUUCCAAACAUUGCGUAUUAAUACAGCACCAGUAUUUAUGCAUUUUCCAGCGAAGGGUAAACCAAAAGGUCCAGAUACCAUGGAUAUACAUCGUGUUGGUUUUGCUGCCGAAGCAAUUGCGAAAUUUGUUCAUGAACGAACUGACGUACAAAUUCGCAUAUUCCGCCCACCAAACUAUUCAGGCACCGUAGCAAUGAUUACGCUUGUUGCUUUAGUAGGCGGUUUUCUCUACAUACGUCGCAACAAUUUAGAGUUCCUAUAUAAUAAACAGAUUUGGGGCGCUGUGGCGUUAUUCUUUUGCUUUGCCAUGAUUUCAGGACAGAUGUGGAAUCAUAUACGUGGUCCACCAUUAGUGCACAAGAGCAAAAAUGGAGGUGUUGCAUAUAUACACGGUUCCUCUCAGGGACAAUUAGUGGUGGAAACAUACAUCAUUAUGUUCUUGAAUGCUAUGAUUGUAUUGGGAAUGGUUCUGCUAACAGAAUCUGGUACUCAAAGCGAUCAAAAAAGAGGGCGAAUAAUGGCAAUAGCGGGAUUACUACUGGUAGUAGUAUUCUUUUCCUUUUUGUUAUCGGUAUUCCGAUCAAAGGCGCAAGGAUAUCCUUACAGUUUUCUUUUCAAGUAAACGAGAAACUUAACCCCUUUCGAGUUUUUUCCGAUAAAGUCAAUAACAUUCUUAGCUGAUUUUCUGAGCGUACAAUUUAUUUAAGUGAGUGUUAAGCGAGUUGAAUAAAAUUGUAUUAAAACCUCAA